AAAAAAAGUAAAUGAGCUAAAGUGACGGUCGACAGCUCAUCGUUACGUUGUUUUCGAUGAUAUUUUUAUAGUUUAAAAACCUAACAAUAGUAGUGUAGUGAUCUAAUUCAGCCUAUCAAGAUGUGGGACCCAACUCAUGUUCAAGUUACUAUUCAAAGGGCUCGUGGACUGUUGAUCAAAGGUAAAAACGGUGCGAAUAACUGUUUUGUUACGAUUGCUCUCGGUAAAGAUAAAUUCCAAACUUCCGUCAAACACAAAGCGACUCAGAAUGUCGAAUGGAUAGAAGAAUGCGAGUUACGAAUACCUUCACAGGGUAAUACUGCUGAAAUUGUUCUUAAGAUUUACGAUGAAGAUCUGCUAAAGGACCAUUUACUAGGUCAAGUAUCGAUUCCGUUAAAAGACCUCGAUGUUUACGAGCGGCCAAGAAGCCGUUGGUAUACCCUGCAGGGAAAAUCUGGUAAAGAAAACGAUAAACCGAGAGGAGAGUUAGAAGUCAAAAUAGCUUUCACUGUUAAAGAAGGAAGUUUGACUGAUUUGAGUAAGAAAGAUAAACACAGAUCCUCUUUGUCUAGCAUCGCCCAGAACGUAGGUGGCAGUCUUAUGAGCAUUGGCAGUAUCGAAAAACGCAAGAGUAUUAAGAAAUUUGCUAAAAAUCUUGGCUCCAAAAUGAACUUGAGUAAAAAGGAUAAGAAGAGUGAUUCAUCAUCUUUGGGUGGUAGUAUUGGUAACCUCAAGAGUUCAACACUUUCAACUCCUGAUCACUCCACACCUAAACGCUUGUCUGGAGAAGCUGAUCCUGGGGUCAUUAGUGAAGAUGAUGACGAGUUUGCUUUUGAUGACUUAUCCCAUAAGAGCUCUGGCAGCUCACUAAAUGUUCAAACAUUACCACGUGGACAUAAAUACACACCCUCACCUGUUAAUGCAUCAUUGGAAAACCUAGGAGGCGGUGAAUUCUUGAGACGAUCUACAAGUAGCAACUUGGCAGUGCCAGAAAAACCAGUACCACAGAAACCUGUGCGCUUGAGCCUUGAUACUUUCACUCCCCCGCAGCUACCUGAACAGAUUAUUGACAAAAAUGAUGAGUGGUCACAAAAACUUUACUCUAAGCGGAAAUCUAACAGUCAACUAGCCAUUGAUAGAGAAAAGUCUUCAAGUCUAGAGAGAAACAAGAAACUGGACAGUCCAAGUUCACUAAAAGAAAGACCAAGUCCUAAGUUCUUCAAGAAGUUUGGCAAUAACAAUAAACAAAAGAAAUUGUUAGAAGAACGUAUCAUUGUUGGAGAAGAAAACAUUGCUGAGGAAGAUUCUAUAAAUCCAGCAUUCAAUAACAUCCCUAAAUCAAUUGUUAAAGACUUUGAUGGGAAGUCCCGAGAAGAUUUGAUGGUCAUGGUCUAUAAUUUGCAAAAGGAUGUAGAAUAUGAGAAAAAGAAAAAUAAAGACUUGGAAAAUUAUCUUGAUGAACUGCUACUCAGAGUAAUGGAAACAACACCAAGAAUUUUACAAAAUCCUUAUACCAGAAAUAACAGCAUGCACAUUAGAAACAAAUAAUUUUAUGCAAUUGCCUAAAAAUUCAAUGCAUUAUUAUCAAUUUGAUUGCAUGAUUGCAUAACAUUAAUGUGGCAUGCCUCAUUCUCUUCAAUGUUUGUGUAACACUGAUAUAAUUAUUUGAAGAAACUUUCUUUCAUUAUUUAGGUUGCUUUAUUAAUAUGAUUUAGUAUAAAAUGAACAAGAGAAUUCUAAUUGGAAUCUUGGUUUUUCCAAUAAUGAAAAUAGGUAUUAGGCUAUCACUUGGGUACCCAGUGACACCUGUAUCUAAAUUAGUGGAGAGUUGUAUGUAUGAAUCAUAAGGAAAUGUUCUAAUGCUUAUCAACUUUCACUUUUCUAUAGAUCUAAUCACAUACAAACUAGUGCCUUAUGUAUUUGAAUAAGUCUGUGAUAGAAAUAAAUUUUGUGUUUGUAUUUUGGUUACUCAUAUUCAUGUUUUGCAUGACUUAUCUUAUCUGCAUUUCCCAAAUCUCUGAAAUAAGAUUAAAAUCACAAUGAUAAAUACUGUAUGUUACAUACUUGCUGCCUGUAUUGUUAUGGAAGGUCAGACUCAAGUAUAAUUGAUGUUUAAUAGUCUGAAAUUUUAAUUGAGUAAUAUAUCAAAGAAUGUGCAACAAUUACACACUGCCAUAAAAUUUUAUAAAGCAAUUUUACUUCUUACUUUUUAACAGAAAAUGGACAAUUCUAAAGUUUGUGCCAAACUUAUUUAUAUGCACGGUCCGUUUUAUAAUAGUCACAUAGGUAAACAAACACGGAUACAGCAUUAUCAUACUUGUGAUAAUAAUGAGUGUGUGAUUGUCAAGAGGUUUUUUUAGAUUGGUAUUCCUUAUAUUACUUAAUUAAUGUCCAAAAUGUUUCAUUCCAUUGAAUGUGAAUGCUUAUUGCUUCUUUAAAAAGGCUUAUCUAUCUUACAGGUGUCAUGCAAUUGUGACACAUUAGGUGUGUAUGAUUCAUAAGUGUGGUAUAAUAAGAAUGACUAAGGCAUUGAAUGUCUUCAUAGAUAGCUCAAACAAUUUCCAAGCCUUAAUAAAAGUGACUUGAAACACAAGUACCUAAGGAAUCCAUCCAAAUCUAAUUGAAUGAGGUUGAUCAUUAUUUAUUUGUUAGUGUUAAAACGUUUUUCAUUUAUUUAUAGUGGCAUUAACAUGCAUAUAUCAAGUAUUUUUUAGUGCAAAUCAUAUUAACUUUCGUGUAAUUUACGUAAAUCAUACUUAUUUUGUAAGAAAUGCCUUUGUGCAAUAAUUAAAACUUAGUGGGUAGAUUGUUUUGUUGAUGUCUAUACAUUUUUAUGAUUAACUCUAAUAUUGAAGUAUUACUUAUUAACAUAAACAUUAAUAGUUAUUUUAAACAAAUAUAUUAUAGUUGAUUCAUGGGGAUCUGAGGAUUGUUUAACAUUUAUAAUUUAACAGUGUCAUAGACUUAUCUAAAAUUAGGUAGGUAAAUAGAAUAGUAGCUGAUUCAUAUGCAUACCUAUUGUUUUUCUUCCAUAAAUUAACAUGUGAUAUUUGUUCAAAAGACAAACAGAACAAAUUAACAGUAGAUUAACUAUAUUUAAAAAGUUAUUGAAGUAUAAUUAUUUGAAAAAUUAAGGCCUUGUAUUACUGAAUUUCUUGUUAAUCGAAAACUACAUGAUUAUUUAUUUAAUUAUAAUGAAUAGAUCAUUUAUUUUUCUAUGAGGUUGAACUACCUACUCUUAAGUUAAUUUUAUUAAGAAGUUAAGAGGAAAGUAUGUUCACACCACCAGAGGUUAGAAAAUGUCUACUUUUGUCCCAGGUACUAAUUUUUUCAAUAAAACGUUUUUUAAA